AUGGGUUCAAAAUUCCCACCAGCUGCGGCGUCCUCAAUGAAUAUCGAAAAGCCAACUGUAUUGUUCAUCCACUCUUCCACGGGCGCCCAAGAUGCGACCAGGUGGGCCGGGAUCGCGCAGAGAUUUGAGGUGCUCGAGUACGACUGCUCUACGGUGGCCGAGUUCAUUUCACGUCUCAAAACGCCCAAUCAUCCCUACACGCGAAUAGAAGCACUCGUCUGGACAGGCUGGCUGAAGGCCGGACCGUAUGCUGCACAAUCCGAACAGCUCCUGCGUGGGGAGCCGCUGGAGCUGAUGCCGGAUACGCUGAAGCUGAUCAGUUGUUCGGGACACGGUUACGACCAUGCGGAUGUAGACCGAAUGAGCGAGCGCGGCAUCCUCUUCUGCAACACGCCGAACGCGUGCACCGAGGCGACGGCGAAUGUGGGAGUCGCGUUGAUCCUCAACGUGUUCCGAUAUCUCUCGUUUGCCGAGAGAUGCGCUCGCACCGUGACGACGGGCGGCUGGCAGAGGAGCCGGAUGCUGGGUUCUGUCGCCCAGGAUCCGGCGGGUCAGGUGCUGGGGAUUGUCGGCAUGGGAUCGAUCGGGCGGGUGAUUGCAACCAAGGCGGCGGCGGCCUUGGGCAUGAAAAUCCAUUAUCACAAUCGCCGGCGGCUGAGUGACCAGGAAGAGAUGGUCGGGCCGGGUCACCGGGCUGUCUAUCACGAGUCCAUCCACUCGCUGCUGAGAGCGGCCGACUGCAUCUGCCUGGCUUGCGGAUGCACCCCGGAAAUGCGCCACAUGCUAUCCACGGAAGAGUUCAACCUGGCCAAACCGACCGGUGUACGCGUCGUGAAUGUCGGCCGUGGUCCCCUGAUCGAUGAGGCAGCGCUGCUCAAGGCCAUGGAAGACGGCAAGGUGACGGGUGUCGGGCUCGACGUCCACGAGGACGAGCCCAACAUCAACUCCCGACUACUGGAUAACUACAUGGUCACGGUAUUGCCUCAUGUGGGCACGUGUAGUCGGUCCAGUUGGGUCAAUAUCGAGUGCCAACAGCUCCGCGAUCUGGAGGAAUUCUUCUUUGGGUCGGGUAAUCCUGUCAACGGGGUCAAUAGAGAUCAACUGAGAGGUCAAUUACUGGGCAAGACGACCAUCAGAUGUUAA